CAUCCACCAUAGCUUGGAGGAGUAGCAAGAGAGAUGGAGGAUUCAGUUCCAGUUUUUACAACCUCUGAUUCUGUUGUGCAGGAAAACAAUAUUCAGUAUUCCGAGGAAAUGAUAGAAAAUGGUCUGCGAAGAUUUGGAUGGUCGGGGAUGAUUCAAUGCAUCCUUGUCUCCAUCGCUAUGUACUUCGAUGCACAGCAAUCCUUCAUCGCCAUCUACUCUGACGAGUACCCCACUUGGCACUGCGCAGAUCCCACAACAUGCACAUCACAUUCCGAUCUCUGCAAGCUUCCAAAGUCAUCAUGGGCGUGGGAUGGACCCUCUUCUAAGACAAUCAUAUCACAGUUUGGCCUUGAAUGCGCCAGCAGCUUCAUCACAGGUUUACCCCAAUCCUCCUUCUUCCUAGGUUGCCUUCUUGGUUCCUUUGUUCUUGCCACCUUGGCUGACACAUCUCUAGGAAGAAAGAACCUCCUUGUUCUCUCCUGUUUCUUUAUGUCCUUAGCUUCUGCUACCACUGUCUUCUCAACCAAUGUUUGGACCUACUCCUGUUUUAAGUUCAUCAUUGGCUUUUGGCGUUCUUCCAUUGCAACGUGUGUUCUAGUGUUACUAACGGAGAAAGUGAGCACAGAGUGGAGGUUUACUGUGGGUGUUCUUGAAUAUUUUUUCUUCACUUUGGGGUGUAUGACCUUGCCUGGAAUAGCUUACUUGAACAGAAAUUCCUCAUGGAAAUUUCUUUAUGUGUGGACGUCCGUUCCUCCUUUUUGUUAUUCUGUAAUUGCUUACCUCUUUGUUGCGGAGUCUCCGAGGUGGCUUCUCAUGCAAGGUCGAGAGCAAGAAGCCAUGGCAAUGCUUACAGGAAUUUCUUAUUCUGCAGUAGAAAAUGGCUCUAAUAAUCUAACUGCAGGCCUACUAAGAGUUCCUGCUGUUAAACGAAAGUCAAUUUUGGAACUGUACUCAUCAAUAGCAGAGUUGUUUGAGAGAAGUUGGGUUGGCAAACGGGUGGUGGCAACGGUGGUACUUGGUUUUGGGAUUGGCAUGGUGUAUUUUGGCAUGCCUUUGGCCGUGGGGAACUUAGGAUUCAACAUUUACUGGGGUGUUGUGCUCAAUGCCUUCAUGGAAAUACCCUCUUGUGUGGCCACAUACUUCUUGGGAAACUGCAGAAGAAAGCCAUCGAUUCUUGCAUUCUCGGUAGCAAGUGGGAUAUGCUGCAUAUUGUGUGCAGUGGUUAGUGAUGGGAUCAAAGUGGCCAAGGUGGGGAUAUCAUUGGUUGCAUUUUUCUGUGAUGCCACUGCGUAUAAUGUGUUUCUCAUUUACGUCGUAGAGGUGUUUCCGACGAGUGUACGGAACACCACGACCUCAUUGGUGAGGCAAGCUGCUGUGUUUGGUAACAUAUUCAGUCCAUUUCUUAUAUCUGCGGGAAGGAAGAAUGAAAUUUUCUCUUAUGGCGUGUUUGGAGUAGUUAUAAUGUCAACCUGUUUGACUUUGGUCUGUUUGCCUGAAACCAAAGGAAUAGCUCUUUCUGAUACCAUUGACCAGCAAGAGAAAAAGGACAACAUAUCUGUAUAA